UGUUGGACAAGAAAGUCAAACAUAUUUAAUUUUUUAUGAUUCACGUUCAGGCCAGAAUAAGAAUUACACUGGUCCAAGUUAUCUUAAUUAUCCUGUGAGUGAACUAAAACUUCUGAAGACAGUGAAAGUAGAUUUUCCUAUUGGAGGACACUUUCGUGGAGUGUGGUAAGAAUAUAGUUUAUAAUAUAAAAGCAGCUGUAGAAGUACUGAUGGGUUAGGUGCGAAUAGUGGUUAAAGCUCAGUGGAGACCUAAACCUUUUGAUGUUGUGAUAGCCAAUCAAGAUUUUAUAAAAAAUUGUUAAUCAUUUCUGCAAAAGAAAUAUUUGAGAAAGUGCUAAAAAGACCCUUCGGUGGGGCAGUCAAAACAAAAUGCUCCACCUCAUUCAACACCGAGAAACUUAUAAUGGAGCUUUGAUUUCAUUGGCGGUGAAUGCUUCACAGCAACUUCAAGAUCAGCAGCCUGGAGAACACAUCUCCUACUUACUAAGGCUCUCUGGCAAUAUCAAAAGAAGAAAAGUAUCAGGAUCUCCAUGUUUUGAAGGAGUGUUAUUUUCAAGAAGCUAGUGUGUUUUACACAUACCUUUUACACUAGUCUGAAAAGUGCAUGUUGGGACAAAGUGGAAAAAAUGGCUUCUGAUGCAGACUUAAAAGUCAGCAGUCCAGUUGAAACUAUAGAGUCUUUAACGAAAGAGGCAGAAGCACUGAAAGCAAAGCUUGAAGAAGAAAGACAGAAGCUGAAUGACGUAGCAUUGUCAACUGUCGCUGAAAGACUGGAGGUGAUAAAUUAUCUCAAUAUCAAACCUCGACGUUUGCUCAAAGGGCAUCAAGCAAAGGUCCUGUGUUCAGACUGGUCACCAGAUAAGCGUCACAUUGUCUCAUCUUCUCAGGAUGGGAAAAUGAUUAUAUGGGAUGCAUUUACAACUAACAAAGAACAUGCUGUUACAAUGCCUACUACAUGGGUGAUGGCUUGUGCAUAUGCUCCAUCAGGAAAUUUGGUUGCAUGUGGAGGUUUAGACAACAAGGUCACAGUAUACCCAUUGAGCCUUGAGGAAGAUGUUUCAACAAAGAAAAAAACAGUUGGUACUCACACAAGUUACAUGUCUUGCUGCACAUUUCCAAAUUCUGAUCAGCAGAUCCUGACAGGGAGUGGAGAUUCUACAUGUGCACUGUGGGAUGUGGAAUCAGGACAGUUGCUGCAAAAUUUCCAUGGUCACAAUGGAGAUGUAAUGGCCAUUGAUCUUGCUCCCUCUGAGACCGGCAAUACAUUUGUAUCUGGGAGCUGUGACCGGAUGGUUCUCAUAUGGGACAUGCGAACAGGGCAGUGUGUUCAGUCAUUUGAAGGCCAUCAGUCAGACAUAAAUAGUGUGAAAUUUCAUCCAAGUGGAGAUGCUGUAGCUACCGGUUCUGAUGAUGCAACAUGUCGUUUAUUUGAUCUGAGGGCAGACAAAGAAGUUGCUGUGUACUCCAAAGAGAGCAUCAUCUUUGGUGUUAAUUCUGUGGAUUUCUCUGUUAGUGGGAGGCUUCUAUUUGCUGGAUAUAAUGAUUAUACUGUUAAUGUCUGGGAUUCACUAAAGUGUGUAAGAGUGACUCUGUUGUAUGGUCAUGAGAACAGGGUAUCUUGCCUGCAAGUGUCACCUGAUGGAACAGCUCUUUCUACCGGAAGCUGGGAUUAUACUUUACGGGUGUGGGCAUAGUCAUUAGAAUACCGACUACCAAACCAAAGAUGAUCUGCAUUUAUUAAGUUUAUAAUGGUAAUCCAAAGUCUCAUGUUUGUGUGUUUGAGCUUCAAAAUACUAGUCCCCCACUGAGUGAGAAACCAAAUUAAUUAUGUAUUGGAUUAUUGUAGUUACUCGUACCUUGAAGAAAUGUAAUUUCUGCAUGUGUAAAGUAGUGUGAAAUGUACUGUUUUAAAUGGAUGUAGUAACUAAAUAAAAUUACAUCAGUCAGUAAA